UUGAAUGAAAAGUUGUCGUUAUGGGUGUAACUGCAAGAACGUAGCCAACAGCCAAGUAUAAUUUAAGAAGCACUUCCUCUAACCGUGGGACUUUCCCGGACCACGAAUGUGUUAAUCACAAACAUUUAUACACAGCUCAGUCAAAUUCCCCUGCCAUUAAUAAGUAUAUAAUUAUGUACAGAGUCUCCUCCUGCACAAAAUGCCAAACUCAGCUUGAACUCCCUCUUCCCAGUAACUGAUGAUGCAAUUCCAUGCUGCUUUUGUCAUUGGCUGCAAGCUUGUUCAAUUCUAGUAAGUUUGUUCUUGGGUGUUAAUGUUAGCUGGAGUCCAAAGAUGAAUGCUGGCUGGACGGUUCUGCUGCUCUGCGGCUGUGUAUGCUCCUUAGUAACAGGGUUCGUGGUUGAGGAGCUAACACUCUGCGAGCCUGGUAAUUCCAAAGGGGGAAAUGUUACAUUUAAUUAUUUUAUAAACUUUAACCGCCAGCCCAUAGUAAUAUUCGACCAGGAUUCAAAAAUGUUUGUUCCCAGCGGGCAGUACCGAGUGGCUGCUGCUAUCAGUUACUAUCUUAACAUAAACACGAGCAUGGUGGAGAACAUGCAAGAAAAGGAAAAAAGGUGCAAGAUGGAAGUGGUGGAAUAUUGGGAAAGCACCGUGGAGAGAACAGCCAAGCCAUCCAUGAAAGUCUUUCUCCCCGACGCAUUUCGUGGCCAGGCCUCACACACUCUUAUUUGUCAAGUUUGGGGUUUUUAUCCCAGUGAUAUAAGUGUGAGCUGGGUAAAAAAUGACAGGAUUGUGCUGAGUAACACGACAGACGCUAUCCCAGCUGGGGACUGGACGUACCAGGUUGUGGCCAAACAAGAUCUGAAAGAUUUGUCACCUGAUGAUGAAUACACGUGUGUUGUAAUGCAUCCCACCCUGGAUGAAGUAAUGACGAUGAGUUGGAAACAGGGAUUGACCUCAUCCCAGAUUAUUAAAAUAAGUAUUUCUUCGGUAAUCUUCGGUUUGGGAUUCAUAGUCGCUUUAGCAGGAUUUUUCUGGUGGACAUAUUCAAAGAGAAAUGGGUACGUUCAAAUGGACACACAGUGAAGCCAACUAAACUUCUCUCAGGUUACAGCACGCUCCAGUUCCAGUGACCAAAUGAAGACAUGUCUUUGCUGGACUCCUCGAGUUUUGUUUAUAUCAGAAGUUGUUUAUCGGAGGCAAGGACCGCCCUCCAUCUACCAUGUAUUUAAAAAUGUCACGCAAUGUCUAGGUCUUCAGUAUAUUUUAUGUGUUCUCAGUCAGAGGAAUAUAUUCCUCUCACUCCAUACAAAAUAAUCUAAACUACACUCACUGACUCUGAUCUCGGGGAAUGAACAUAGGAUGCACUCAUUGACUCCUGUGACACCACGUCAUUUUUCUCUCCAACUAAUAUGUCCUCACUGACUUAUCCUGGUCUGUUACUGUCUGUCUGAGACCUUGGGCUGGAUUAUCUUAGCAAAGUGAGGGUUUUACUCCGGGUGCUGAAUAGUAAUUCUUCCAUUGACGUCUACGGGAAUAUUGCUGGUCAGUAAGCAGAGUAAGGGUUCUCUGCUGUGUGUAAUGUCAAGUAGAUCUUUCUCUGAUUGUUAUCAGAUUGUGCGUUAAUCUGUCACUCAAACACCUGGUGUUUCUCCCUUGUGUGGUUCUUCCCUUUAUUCCUUUCUGGAACCAAUAACAGAACCGGUUGGACCAUCUAAUCUGACAGCAGAUCUAAAAUGAUAUAUGUGUAUAUAUGAGCUCCUCGUAAUUAGCAAGGUAUUUGCCAUGAAGAACACAGAAUAUAAACCCAAUGAAAGGUUGUGUGUAAAUAAUAUUAAUUUUCUGUUUUGAUUUACAUGAUGUUAAUAAUUAAUGUAAUAAACUGUUAAAUGCUCUCGA